AUGUCUCCAAAUCUCCAAGAAAAUAUGGCGACUCCAUUCGAUAAGCACGCCACGAACCAAGUCAAUGGAACUACCAUGACUACCGCAGCACGCUCUCACGACCUGGCGCGACUACAAUCCCACGGCUCCCAUGCGAACGAGGCACCAAUCCAACCCUAUAUCUCAUAUAUCGAGGUCCCAGACGAGGUGUACGAUCGACUAUCACCUUCCAAGAAAGUAGUCAUCGUAUCCCUCCUCUCCUUCAGCAGUUUCCUUGCUCCACUCUCCAGCACGACAAUUUUAUCAGCCGUGCCCGAAGUGGCAGCAACAUACAACACCACCGGAUCAAUUAUCAAUUUAAGUAAUGCCCUCUACCUGAUAUUUAUGGGGAUUUCUCCAUGUAUUUGGGGACCGUUGAGUCAGGUGUACGGAAGGCGAUGGAUCUGCAUUAUAACUGCAACGCUCUUUUUAUGUUGCUCUCUAGGCACAGCACUCGCUCCAAACCUAGUCGCCUACUUCAUCUUCAGGAUCCUCACUGCACUAGAAGGAACUGCCUUCCUUAGCGUCGGCGCCUCUUGUAUAGGAGAUAUCUACCGCCCAACCGAAAGAGCUACCGCAAUGGGCUGGUUUUACUUGGGAACUUUAGUUGGCCCCGCGUUGGGACCUUUCAUCGGCGGUGUGAUAGUCACAUUUAAACCCUGGCGCGUCAUAUUCUAUCUCCAAACAGCCCUCGCCGGCGUCGCAGCAGUCGGCGCUUACUUCCUCCUCCCGGAAACAGCUUACUAUAAGAAAUCUUCCGACCUAGUAGGUCUCUCGCUGCAAACCAAAGUCACCGUUCUAUGGGGAAUGGUGAACCCCUGGCGAGUGGUCCAGCUGUACCGGUACCCAAAUCUUAUCAUGGUAGCACUUGCGUCCUCCUCUUUGGUCUGGAACAUGUAUUCGCUCCUGACUCCCAUCCGAUACGUGCUGAAUCCACGGUUUGACCUCACGACGCCCAUUCAAUCGGGGCUUUUCUACCUCGCUCCGGGAGGUGGAUAUAUCUUGGGGACAUUCUUUGGAGGCAGAUAUGCUGAUUAUAUCACUAUUAAAUGGAAAGCAAAGCGUGGCGGAGUGCGCGUCCCAGAGGAUAGACUUCGCUCCGCCCUCCCGUUCAUGGGAAUUGUCACCCCAGCCUGUAUGCUGAUUUACGGCUGGUCCAUUGAAGCGCGUUUUGGCGGUAUUGCCCUACCCGUAAUAAUGAUGUUCUGUCAGGGCGUUGCUCAGUUAUUCUGCUUCCCUUCCUUAAAUACGUAUUGCCUGGAUGUGAUGCAGGCGCAGGCUGCUGAGGUUGUUGCUGGUAAUUAUAUGGUUAGGUAUAUGUUUGCAGCGUUGGCGAGUGCGACGGUUUUGCCAGCCGUUGAAGGGAUUGGGGUAGGUUGGGUUUCAACGAUCACGGCCGCAUUUUUGGUGGUUAGUAGUGCGGCCACGUGGGCUGCCAUAUUAUGGGGAAGGUCGUGGAGAGAGGGUAUUGAUCGGCGGAGGAGGGCGAAAAGGGGUAAUAAACUUAGACGGGCGGAGAAUGGGAAGGGUGUAACCGCCUCAAUAGAAGAGAAAGGCAAAGAAAAACAAACUGUUUGA